UUCUCAUAUGGGAGGGACUCUACACAAGUGUGUCUUGUGUCUUGUUGUUGCUUUGCUUAAUGUGAGCUUCACAAACGGGGAAGAUCCGUACAGGUUCUUCAACUGGACUGUCACCUAUGGUGAUAUCUAUCCCCUUGGUGUGAAACAACAGGGAAUAUUGAUAAAUGGGCAAUUCCCAGGGCCACAGAUUGAUUCUGUCACCAAUGAUAACCUUAUUAUCAGUGUCUUCAACAGUUUGGAUGAACCUUUUCUCAUUUCUUGGAAUGGUGUGCAGCAGAGAAGGAACUCAUGGCAAGAUGGGGUCUUUGGCACAAAUUGUCCCAUUCCACCAGGACAGAACUUCACCUAUAUUCUCCAAGUCAAGGAUCAGAUUGGAAGUUACUUUUACUUUGCCUCCCUUGGCUUCCACAAAGCUGCAGGAGGGUUUGGGGGUAUCAAAAUCGUAAGCCGGCCUCGAAUUCCAGUGCCUUUUCCUCCUCCUGCUGGAGAUUUCACCAUUCUGGCUGGGGACUGGUUUAAGCAAAAUCACACUGAUUUGAAGGCAAUUUUAGAUGGUGGGAAUAAUCUUCCCUUCCCCGACGGACUGCUCAUCAAUGGCCGCGGAUCAAAUGGGAAUACAUUUACAGUUGAUCAAGGUCAAACUUACAGGUUCAGAAUAUCAAAUGUUGGAAUUGCAACUUCCAUCAAUUUCAGAAUCCAAGGUCACAAGAUGUUACUGGUUGAGGUGGAAGGCAUUCACACCUUGCAAAAUACUUACAGCUCUCUCGACAUUCAUUUGGGGCAGUCUCUCUCUGUUCUGGUGGUAGCUGAUCAACCACCACAAGAUUACUACAUUGUCGUCUCUACGCGUUUCACUUCACAAGUGCUAUCUGCAACCUCCAUUCUUCACUACAGUAACUCGGCAGGAAGCGUUUCUGGUCCUCCACCUGGUGGCCCAACUACUGAGGUCGACUGGUCUCUUGAACAAGCUCGAUCUUUCAGGAGGAAUUUGACAGCAAGCGGACCAAGGCCUAACCCUCAAGGCUCAUAUCACUAUGGAUUGAUCAACAUCACCAGGACAAUCAGGCUUACAAACUCUGCUCCGAUAAUCAAUGGCAAGCAAAGAUAUGCUGUGAAUAGUGUCUCCUUCCUCCAACCUGAUACACCACUAAAACUUGCUGACUACUUCAAGAUCUCUGGAGUGUUCUCCACUGGAAGCAUCUCGGAUAACCCCACUGGUGGUGGUGGUUAUCUCCAGACUUCUGUAAUGCAUGCUGAUUUCCGAGCCUUUGUUGAAUUUGUGUUUGAAAAUCCAGAGGAUACUGUGCAGUCAUGGCACCUUGAUGGUUAUAGUUUCUUUGUUGUUGGUAUGGAUGGUGGACAGUGGACACCAGCAAGCAAAUUAAGAUACAAUCUGCAGGACACUGUUUCUCGUUGCACCGUUCAGGUGUAUCCCAACUCAUGGACUGCAAUUUAUGUGCCUCUGGACAAUGUGGGAAUGUGGAAUGUGAGGUCUGAGAAUUGGGCUCGACAGUACUUAGGCCAGCAGUUCUAUCUUCGUGUAUACUCUCCAGUAAAUUCAUGGAGGGAUGAAUAUCCUAUUCCGAAGAAUGCUCUUCUGUGCGGCCGGGCAUCAGGCAGGCGAACUCGGCCUCUGUAAGAAAAAAGGGGCGCAUCAUUGUAAUGUACGUAAA